CGAAUCUCUCACGAGAUCAUACUUGAGGCCGGCUCCGUGCCACCGAAAGGAUGCAUUUAUCGCAUGUCCGAGGAGGAGCUCACGGUUCUCCGUGCGCAACUCGACGAUCUACUCGACAAGGGUUGGAUCCGCCCUAGCAGCUCACCUUACGGUGCGCCCGUUCUCUUCGUUCGGAAGAAGAACAAGGACCUUCGAUUUUGCAUUGACUACCGACGCCUCAACGCGCAAACCAUCAAGAACGCGGGGCCUCUACCUCGCAUUGACGAUUUGCUUGAGCGGUUGGGCGGCGCGAAGUACUUUUCGAAGUUGGACCUCAAGUCGGGCUACCAUCAGAUUUCCAUCCGCCCGCAAGAUCGGUACAAAACCACGUUUAAGACGCGAUAUGGGCAUUUUGAGUGGGUAGUUAUGCCUUUUGGCCUCACCAAUGCCCCGGCCGCCUUUCAGGCGGCCAUGACCACCGAGUUUCGCGCUAUGUUGGACCGCUUCGUUUUGGUCUACUUAGACGACAUCCUCGUCUAUAGCCGAACUCUAGAGGAGCAYCUSGAGCACCUUCGCCGUGUUCUAGAGACUCUUCGGUCAGCCCGGUACAAAGCUAACCGCGACAAAUGCGAGUUUGUCCGGCAAGAGCUUGAAUACUUGGGUCAUUUUGUCUCUCCGGAAGGCAUUCGUCCGUUGGCGGAUAAGAUUCAAGCCAUCCAGGAGUGGCCCGAGCCGAAGAAUGUGACGGACGUCCGAUCCUUCCUCGGCUUGGCCGGUUAUUAUCAGUGCUUCAUCAAGGGUUACUCGAAGAUCGAGGUCAACCUAAGCAAGUUACAUAGCGAGGAGCGGUCUUUUGACUUCGACGCGACGCGCGCCAUUCUUUUAAGACACUCACAGCGGCACUCUUGUCCGCCGAGGCUCGACAUGCACCAUGUCCCGAACAACGAUCGACAUCCGUGCUUGUACCACCGAUCUGGUGGUGCAUGUCAAGCAUGGUUGGACAACAUCUUGACCAGCCACGGCGUAGCAGUGUCGGAACUGCACACCAAGCUCACUUGGCAGGAGUUGACUGAUGUCUGGCACAAGCGAUUCCAAGUGGAGCCGCCCGACCUGCAAGCGAUGGACAAGCUCAAGAAGCUCCAUCAGAACACGCUGCUCAGUCAGGACUGGAUUACCGACUUCCAAAGACUCGCCUCCACACCUGACCUGCCGCUUGCUUUCUGCGCCAUUAAGCACUUGUUUAUCAUGCGCUCGUGUCCAGCUCUGCAAAACUCGCUGACGCAGAUUGCAGAGACACUCGACACAUCCGACAAGCUUUUCAGCACAGCGUCACGGAUCAUUCUCACAAAUAUCAAAGCCCGCAACGCCGGCCGAUCUUCCGCGACGACGAGCAGCACCCAGCCCAAGCCAAAGGUGGCUUGCAUUACUUCUACCGAGGCUGCAACACCAAACGAUGGUGAAGUGUUGGCAGCUGCCCGGGAUGGUGGCCGGCCGCGCAACAACCAYGGCCGCGACAAGACGAAGACUCAGUCCACCUCUAUACCGAGCACCGGAUCAGCCGCCGACGAACCUUGGGCACAAUACGGACUCUCGGCGAAUUCUUAUCGCAUGAGACUCAAGUACCGUUACUGCCUUUGGUGCAACAGCACCAUCCACGAUGCUGCACAUUGCCCCACCGAAGGGAAACCCCGUCAGGGAAAGUAGGCGCCGCCGAGGGUGACUCGACACCUCCCUCGACGCCAUCGGAAGCGGUUGUGCGCACGACCGCCCUUUCUUCCGAGGCAUAUGCGGAUGUCG